AUUACCAGAACCAUUGUCAGAAGAGAGUUUGGGAGCUUAUCAUGUUGCUUUGUUUUUACUGCUGCGUAGGUACAUGCCUCUUUGCUCUUCCCCUGUGCGGAUUAGUGGCCUAUGAACGUCUUUCUAUUGCAUUUGGCCUAUCAGUGUGUCGCGUAUCCGGUGAUGAUUGAGUGAAGCAAGCCGCUGUUCACGUAUUGAAGCUAUUUUUGAAGACUGUAACAUUGCAGGAUGGCAACUGCUGGGGAGGACUCCUCAAGCGUAUCAUUGGAUUAUGUGAGCACUGGCUGUAGCUGCUCUCCUCACUCGUGUGCCUGGGCAGCUGAUGGCCUCGUGGCGUUCGCCUCCAACAGGACCGUGUCGAUCUACUCCCCGUCCAGCGAGGAUCACAAACGUGUCGUUUGCACGCUGCGAGGUCACACAGACCGUGUGAACUGCGUGGCGUGGUUCACACCCAGUGCAGCCAGCGUUGGACUUGCCGGCGGCGGCAGCAGCAGCGGCGAGGCGGAACACCAAGAUGGCGCCUGCUGCUCUGAGCUGGUGUCUGGCUCCGUGGACAGGACUGUGAUCGUGUGGCGUAUCAAGCGAACUCACCGUGCUGAUGACGGCGAGAGUCUGUGUGUAGAAAUGGUACAGAGCCAGGUGCUGUCGCAUCACUCGGACGUGGUCGUCAGCGUGGCAACGUGCAGUGUGAACGGUACCGAGUGGAUUGCAUCGUCCAGUGCAGACAGCACGGUGUGUAUGUGGAAGCGCAGCGGCGGUGGUGGUGGGCGCGAGCAGCGGUACGAGUUUGUUCAGUCGUUGACGUGCGGACGUCGUAGCUUCGUCCUGGAUGUAUCAUUUGGUCUGCUGCCGGUGACCGGGUCACCAUUGCUGGCAUGCGCGGCCGAGGACAUGCACAUACACCUGUGGGCGUUGCAAGCAGCAGCUGCUCCUGCUGCUGGUGGUGAUGAGUGGCGUCUGGUGCAGCACCUCGCUGGCCAUGAAGACUGGGUGCGAACGGUGGAGUUUGCUCAGCGCGACCGCAGCAGCAGCAGCGGCGAAGGCACACCGACGACUGGCGAUUUGCUGCUGGCGUCCGGUGCUCAGGAUAGCUACGUACGUGUGUGGCGCAUCGUCAGCGACGAUCCAAUCACCGAUGCAGCUGCGAUGACGGCGGUAUCGGACGGCGGUAACGUGGUUCCGGAGAUCCGCUUGCGCGAGAACAGCUUCUCGGUCGGCGUGCAUAGGUUUUCGGCCACUCUCGACGCCAUCCUGUCGGGCCACGAGCACUGGAUAUACGGCGUGACCUGGCAGCCGGCGGUGAUCAGCAAUGACGAUAGGGGUACUGUUGAGCAGCCGCUGUGCUUGCUGUCGGCGUCCAUGGACAAGACGCUGAUGGUGUGGCGUUUCGAUCACGACGCGUCGGUCUGGCUGGACGAGUCGCGCAUGGGCGACAUCGGCGGCAACACUCUGGGCUUCUACGGCGCCGCGUUCAGCCCGUGCGGACAGUGGAUUAUCGGACACGGUUACCAAGGCGCCUUUCACCUGUGGCGCUACGCGGCCGAGGCGCGCACCUGGCAGCCGCGCGUCGUCGCCAGUGGGCACUUUGGUCCCGUCCUGGACCUGGCCUGGUCGCCCGACGGCUGUCUCCUGUCGGUCAGCAAGGAUCAGACGUGCCGCCUUCACGCCGAGUGGAAUCGCCCGGCUCUUACGCCACCGGCCUCCUCCACCACCACUGGCACACUGGCGUCGUCUUGGCACGAGGUUGCGCGCCCGCAGAUCCACGGUUACGACCUCCAGUGCCUGGCUAUGACCGCGCCGUUCCAGUACGCGUGCGGCGCCGACGAGAAGGUCAUACGCGUGUUUGACGCCUCGGCGCUCUUUCUCCGUAACCUGUCCAGCAUCGGCGGGCGUGAGGUGAGUAGCAGCAGCCAAGCCGCCGCGCUACCUCUGGGUGCCACCGUACCAGCACUGGGCCUGUCCAACAAGGCAGUCUACGGUGAUUCCGACGCCAAGGGUAAACGCGCCGACGAGGAAAGCGAGCAGUUUGGCGCGGCCGACGUGAACCGCUUGCCGGCGUUUUCGGCCACCGAGCUGUGCAGUCCGCCGUAUGAGGAAGACCUGCUGCAGAACACGCUCUGGCCGGAGACGCAGAAGCUCUACGGCCACGGCUACGAGCUGUUUGCGCUGGCGUCCGACGGCCGCCACUACCUGGCCUCGGCGUGCAAGGCCAGCAAGGCCCAGCAUGCCGCCGUGUUGCUAUGGGAUACGCAGUCGUCGGCGGCGUCAUCAUCGUGGAAACUCUGCGGCACGCUGACCUAUCACGGUCUGACCGUCACGCAGCUCUGCUUCUCCAACAGUGGCGAGUGGCUGCUGGCCGUGUCACGUGACAGGACAUGGUCGCUAUGGAGAUGGGACGAGACCUCGAGCGGCGCUCCGUUCACCUUGGCCGCCGCGACUCAGAAGCAGUCGUCCGUGCACCAGCGCAUCAUUUGGAGCUGCAGCUGGUCGCCGGAUGAUCGUGUGUUUGCUACUGCCUCACGUGACAAGAAGGUGGCACUGUGGAGCAACGAUGCCACGCUGCUUCAGCAGGACACCAGGAUGGAGGCAAAGGCUCUUCCACCGUACCACGACUGUGGCCAGGGCUGGGGUGUUGCCUCAGCAUUGCUGGAGCUCUCCGACUCAGCCACAGCCGUUCGGUUUGCACCCUUGAUAGCUGGCGCAUCUACUUCAACAGCUGAUGCAAAGUACACAUUAGCGAUUGGUCAGGAGGACGGUGCUGUGCUUCUGGCAUCAUGGUGUGUCUCAACUCAGUGGAGUGUAGUGCAUCGUGUCACACACAGUCAUUGCCCCGUACAAACAGUGCAUCGGCUCAGCUGGCGUCCGGCCGACAGUGGUCAAACUGAGAAGCGACGCCAUCACCAGCAGCUUGCAGUUGCCAGCGGCGACCAUUCCGUCCGUAUCCUGGCGUUCCCCAACUGCCUCUUUGCUUCGUAGGACAGCAACGACGACGACGACGGGAGAGGAAAGCAAUGUUUGUCGAACUCACGGUGGGAUCUAGCAACCAGGUUGUGUGUGUUAUGGUCAAUGUGCCUGUGCCAGCCUGCCCACUAGCACUGACUGUGGUCAUCACAAUCCCAUGGACUCGUGUUUCCCGUGGACUGGCGGUGAUUCAGCCGACGUGUCUCAGACUCACGGCGUUGCCCGUCUCUAACUGGGUGUGAGGUCAACAGCUAGCCAUGUAGCAUCGAUCACACUGCUGCGCAGUGUUUCGGUGCACCGCUAGUGCUGGUGAGCUUUCAUCUGCUGCCGUUCCCGGUCUGUGCGUAAAAUGCCGCGGGGACGCACUUGUUCCAUUGCCCUCCGAAACAACGGCCGGAUGGUAUGCCAGAAUUUGUUUGUCUCUCGCACCUGCGCUGCCCGACAGCAUGCACGCAGUUGCCACUGGCUUAGUGCGCGCGCGUUCCAAGCGACUGCAAUUACGUGGACUAUGCUGUGUGUGUAUGUGAUGUGGCGUAUUUAGUGCGGCAACUGAGCGUGCACGCUUCUAGCUCCCUGACUCAACCCAGCUGGCUUGCUUUUACCUCGCUUGCUGGUUUCCACCAACCAUGGCCAUUGAGCAGGAUACUUUGCACCUGUUUAUUUGCUGCCCAGCAGCAGCAGCACCGCCAGCAGCAGCACCACCAGCAGCAGCAGGAUUCCCAUUACUUAGCUGGCGCUUGCUAGACACUGGCAGUGUGCCAUGGCGGGUCUUGCUCUCAUUUGGGAUUUCAAUACAGCUCGGGGACUGGAGCUUGCUGGGCUCUCUAAUUUUGUUGAUAUAGCUGAGCUAUUGGCCCGGUGUUGAGUUCCUGUGGCGAUGUCAUGUCCACCCUGGUGUAUACGUAACUGUUCGCUCUCUGCCAGCCAGAUUAUUUUUAUUCUCCAAUCUCUAGGUCUAGCGGGCAUACAAUUUCCUAAUUUCUUGUUCAAUUGUAACGACACUCUCUGUUUCCUC